UAUUCGAAUGAAACAAAAAAAGGAAAAGAAAAGAAGAGAUCCUUUUGGUUUCACCCAUACAGCAAACUUCCAACAAUGCCGGCUUAGGACGGCCAUUUUUGUCACCUUCUUCUUCUUCUAUUUCCUUCUUUUCCUUCUUUAAACUCUUCCAAGUGUCAUCUUUUCCCUUUUUAUUCUCUUCUUCUUGGCCUUUUCUCUACUUUGUUUCUCAUUAUUAAACCAUCAAGAAGGAGAAGCCUUUUUGGUUGCUGAAACAAAGAAAUGGGUUGUGUUCAAGGCAAGAACCCAAUGAAAUCACCACCUAGGGGCUUAGAGAAGCUAAAAAUGGAAAAUGGGUAUAAAGGAAAAGGAGCAUUUGCCGCUCAUAGAAGGUCGACUGGUCAGAGGUAUACUGAUCCAGAUCGGGUUCAUAGGCCCGAACCGCCAAAAAAGCUUAAUGGAUUUGGUAGUGCUGAUGGUGUUGUUGCCGGUAAAGAAAAAGAGAGUAGCAAUGAAACUGUUGAAAGGAGAAAUGUUUUGGUUGCUGGAGAUGAAAUGGUUGACGGAUGGCCUAAAUGGCUAAUUGACAAUAUCCCUAAAGAGGUUUUGGCUGGUUUGGUUCCAAAAAGUGCCGAGUCGUAUGAUAAGCUUGAUAAGAUAGGCCAGGGUACCUACAGCAAUGUGUAUAAAGCUCGAGAUAAGGUAACUGGAAAGAUAGUUGCCUUGAAGAAGGUCCGUUUUGACACAUCAGAACCUGAGAGUGUGAAAUUUAUGGCACGAGAGAUAAUGAUAUUACAGAAGUUGGAUCAUCCCAAUGUAGUGAAGCUUGAGGGAUUGGCAACAUCAAGAAUGCAAUAUAGUCUUUAUCUAGUUUUUGACUUCAUGCAUUCGGAUCUGGCAAGAAUCAUGUUUCGUCCUGAGGAAAGGCUUACUGAGCCACAGAUAAAAUGUUACAUGCAUCAGCUGCUUUCGGGUUUGCAACACUGCCACGAGAGGGGCAUUUUACAUCGGGAUAUUAAAGGAUCAAAUUUGCUGAUUGACAAAAGCGGGAUGCUAAAGAUUGCUGACUUUGGGCUUGCAAAUUAUUUUUCUCCAAACCGGAAAUGUCCUCUCACAAGCCGAGUUGUGACACUAUGGUAUAGAGCCCCUGAGCUGUUGUUAGGUUCAACAGAUUAUGGAGUUGGAAUUGAUCUUUGGAGUGCUGGAUGCCUUUUGGGUGAGAUGUUUGCAGGGAGGCCAAUCAUGCCAGGUAGAACAGAGGUUGAGCAACUUCACAAGAUUUUCAAGUUGUGCGGUACUCCAUCAGAGGCAUAUUGGAAAAAGUUGAGGCUGUCAACAACUUUCCGACCUCCGCAAUCAUGCAAACCUAGUUUAGCGGAUGCUUUCAGGAACUUUCCUCAGUCUUCCUUGGGUCUUUUAAGCACCCUUCUUGCUUUAGAUCCUGCAUACCGUGGUUCUGCAUCUUCAGCGCUUCAAAAUGAAUUUUUUCUCACAAGUCCACUAGCGUGCGACCUUUCUGGUCUUCCUGUUGUUUAUAACAAGGAUGAUGAAGCCAAUGAGCAGAGAAAGCAUAGAAAUCCAAAUAUAAGGCAACGGUCUCGAGCGCUUCGUGAACAGAGGAAACAGGAUGAGGUGGGUGAAGAAAACGAAGAUGACAACGUUCGUAGGGAGGACAGUAAGACUCCUGAGCCAAAUGUGCAAGUUCAAGAGGCUGGGAGUAGUACCACCAGCACCUCAUCAGGUUCAAAGCAGACCCAGGUGGAGAGUCCUUCCCUAUUGCUCUCUCCAUUUGCUUCUUCUGGCCAAAAGACAUCUCCAAACACCAAUGUUUAUUCUAAUGGUAGUAAGAACAUCAGAAACCGUCCCCCUUUACCCAAAUCACAAACACGGGCCAAAAACUAUCAGAAGAACAAUGAUAACACGUACAGAAUAAGUCAAGUCAGUAGGUCUGCAUCCACAAGGGAAUUCAGUACUUCGAAUGAAGGGAAGCAAUUACCAUAUGCUACUUAUGAUUAGGCCAUGCAAAAUGACCAGGUGCUGCUGAGAUUUUGCCUUCUUUUCUUUUCUUGAAGUACUCUGUCUUCUAAAGGUUUUCACUGAUAUAUUCUUUCUCCCUAAACUUAUCUUCGAGCAAUAAAACAUAACCAUUGAUGCA